GCAGCAACCUGUAGGUCCCAGCGAACGUAAACUGGUAUUACUUUUUUAAAUUUAUUUCUUCCUUUUUAGGUAUUACCUAUGUCUAUCGAAUUUUAGGUUUUUCUCCACUAGAUAUACUAAUCUGAUAUACGAAAUAGCAUCCCGGCGGUCGUUGCUAUGAUACCGCAUUGUUGUCAAGGAUACAAUUGUGUUUUUAAAAAUAGGUGAAUCUAUCUAAGUGAUAUACAUAAACAUUAAGAGCUAUAAGAAAAAUGGCAGAAAGAGCUCCAGUUUCUGCUGAAGAUACAUUAGUUCGUUAUGAUAAUCCAGUAUUAGUUACAAAACAACCAGAGAAAAUAGUAUCCCCAACAACUGGUACGAUAGCUCAGCCAUGUAUACCUACAGAAGCAAAACGUGAAACUGAAGAAAUACUCAAUGCGAUUUUACCACCUAAAGAAUGGGAAGAAGAUGGACAGAUAUGGACUCAGAAGAUAUCGUCUACUCCAGCAACGAGAUUAGAUGUGAUAAAUCUUCAAGAAAUGUUGGAUACACGUCUACAGCAAAGGCAGGCAAGAGAAACGGGAAUAUGUCCGGUUCGCAGGCAACUUUAUACUCAGUGUUUCGAUGAACUUAUACGUCAGGUUACUAUUAAUUGUGGUGAAAGAGGGCUUCUUUUAUUGAGAGUACGUGAUGAAGCGAGGAUAACAAUGGAAGCCUAUCAGACUUUGUAUUGCAGUUCCAUUGCAUUCGGCAUGAGGAAAGCUUUGCAGUCGGAACAAGGAAAAUCCGAUCUAAUGGAACAAGUGGCGAAGUUGGAAGCAGAACGUUCGUCAUUAGAGAAGCAGUGUGCAGAACUAAAACAGAAGACUGAGCAAUUGGAGCGACGUGCGGCAGAAUUACGAGCAGCAGAAGAGAAAAGACAUCAAGAAGAGUUACUUGCGCUUAAGAAGACUAACGCUCAGCUCAAGGCACAACUGGAAGGAAUUAUAGCACCGAAGAAAUAAUACAUUUAUAUGUAUAGAACGUCGUCAGAAUUAUGUUAAUUUUAUUUAAAUUAAAUGUUACCAUUUCAAAGUA